CUAAGGCUAAAACACUAUAUAAGAAGACUACCCUUCAUUAUAAAUCAUCUCUUUUAAACUUAUAAACGUAAACCCUAACAGUUGUGCAAGACUUUCAUAAUUCUUAAAAGAUGAUGAUGCAAAUCUUUGUUAGGUUUGUUACAGGCAAGAGCAUAACCCUUUUGGUCCGAAGGUCAGACACCAUUGACAACGUCAAGGCAAUGAUAGAAGAUAAGGAAGGAGUCCCUAGCGACCAGCAGAGACUUAUCUUUGUCGGAAAUCAGAUGGAGGAUCACCGUACCGUGGCUGAUUACAAUAUCCAAAAAGACUCAACUCUCCACUUGGUUCUCAGGUUGAGCGGAACUAUCCGAAUCUUCGUAAAGACUCGUACAGGAAAGACCAUAACUCUUUACGUCCAAAGCUCAGACACCAUUGGCAACGUCAAGGCAAGGAUACAAUAUAAAUUUUGUAUCCCUAGCGACAAGCAGACGCUUACGUUUUCCGGAAAUCAGAUAGAGGAUCACCGUACCUUGGCUGAUUACAAUAUCCAAAAAGACUCAAUUAUCUACUUGGCUCUUGGGUCGGCAAGAUUUAUGCGCAUCUACGUAAAGACUCUUAUAGGCAUAACCAUAACUCUUAACGUCCGAAGCUCGGACACCAUUGGCAACGUCAAAUCAAGGAUACAAUUUAAGGAAGGAAUCCCUAGCGACAAGCAGAGGCUUAUCUUUGUUGGAAAUCAGAUGGAGGAUCACCGUACCGUGGCUGAUUACAAUAUCCAAAAAGAUUCAACUAUACACUUGGUUUUGGGAGUAUUUAUGAAAAUCUUUGUUAAGUUCCUUGCAGGCAAGACCAUAGCCCUUGUGGUUCAAAGCUCAUGCACCAUUGACAGCGUCAAGACAAUGAUACAACGUAAGGAAGGAUUUCCUACCGACCAGCAGUGUCUUCUCUUUUCCGGAUAUCAGAUCGAAGAUGACAGCACCUUGGCUGAUUACAAUAUCCAACAAGACUCAACUCUCCACUGUGUUCUCAAGUUGGGUGGAAGUAUGCGUAUCUUCAUAAAGACUCUUAGGGACAAGAUCAUAGCCCUUGGUGAGGUCAAAAGCUUAGACACUAUUGAAAACGUCAAAGCCAGGAUCCAAUAUAAAGAGGGAAUCCCUAAGCACAGGCAGAUGUUGAGCUUUGCCGGUCAACAGCUGGAGGAUGGCCGUUGCUUGGCGGAUUACAACAUCUGGAAGGAGUCAAUCCUUCAUCUCCGUUAUUUAGGUGAUGGAAUGCAAAUAUUUGUGAAAACGCUCUCUGGUAAAACCAUUACCUUAGUAGUUGACAGCUCAGACAUUGUUGAGAAUGUGAAGGCAAAGAUUCAAGACAAGGAAGGGCUCCCACCAAACCGACAGAGAAUCACGUUUGCUGGUAAAAACCUCGAGGAUGGUCGCACGCUUGCAUAUUAUAACAUCCAAAAGGAGUCAACACUUGAACUUUUUUUUAAAUUUCACACAAAAUAGACUUUAUCUAUUCGUUUUUCCUUUUUGUUUUUCUUUUCUUGUUUUUGGGUUUUAUAUUAAACUUUUUUCUUAUGGACAUGAAACUUGAUCGGAUAUUUGAACUCUGAUAUGUCUUUCACUGAUCUGAUGAUCACCAAUUCAAGAGUGAUUUAAAACACAAAGUAGAAAGACCUAGAUACCCCUUGGUGGGGGAAUCAUCCUCGGGAUAUGAGGAGCCUACAAGUCGAGCGACAAGGGCCAUUGAAUCGCCAAGCACGGCAGAGAUGAUGAACUGCACGACCAUUCCUGGACCUUGCCUUUGCUGUUACUACGGUGGUAGUUCAAAUGUGUUCUUCAAAGACAGACUCUUGCCUUCUUAUGCCUUUACCGUUUCGUUCGCCAAUUCUCCACCAAUAUCUCCCUCAUGAACACUACCUGGAGAUUAUACUUUUUGCAAGAUGACAUGUAUUUAUUUAUUUAUAUUCAAAACCAAAGUUUAAUGAUUAAUUGGGCCAUAAGCCAUGUUCUUAAUCAAGGACCUUGGCUCUUCAGUCUAUUUUUCUACACUAUUAUAUACUUAUCAGUCACAAUAAUUACAAUUUAUAGGAACCAUAUUCUCCAAAUCAAUGUUUAGAAUUAGGAAAUAUGUUCAUGUGUAACACUAUUGUAGUUUUCUGACAAAUAAUAAGUUGUUACUUAGUGCACGUUAUGACAUUGCUUUAAAUUCUUGAUUGAUUGCCAUCGCUUUGAUAUUUCUUUUGAUCUAAAACAUAUAUCCGGUACAAAGACGAAAUCCAUGUUCAAGAAUAAAACUACCAACUUAAUCCACUGAAAACGCUCUAGCGAUUGUUGAUUUAGAAUAUAUGCUAGUGUUGACUAAAAACACCAGUGAAAACGCUCGCAAAAAAUAGACUCAUUCAGAUAUUAGAAAAAGCUGGAUCGGAUCGCGUACGAGUCAGUUCUCUAGCUCCGGGUGGAUUUGAUUCUGAUGUUUAUGAACAGGAAAGUAAAUGGUUAUCGGUUGAUUCCUAUGGAUCAGUUUGGAUAUUUUAAACCAAAGUAACCAAAUUACUCUUUUCUUACGUGUUAGUACGUAUAAAAUACCAUUUCUAAAAGUGUUUACACAUGCAAAAAUUUUCAAUAAUUUUUGUUUCGCUUUUCACAGUAAGAUGCAAAUAUGAAAAACUAUUGAAAUAUAAAAAUUACGUUGGACUGAAAAAACAACUUCCGAACAAAAACAAUACUCCAAAUAAAUAAAAACAACAACGAAAAAAGCAACAACACAAAAUUGUAAACAACUUAUAAUAAUAGACAAUCGCAAUAAGAACAUAUCAUUUUCGAAUCACGACACCAGGCGACAUUGUUUUGCCCAUUCGAAGUGAGAACGAUAAGAAGACCCACCUUGAGCCCUAGCUCGCUCGGAGCUAGCCCUCACCUCCUCAGCUUUAGCCCUUACCUUCUGUCCUUCUUCAUCCUCUUCCACCAUAAUCUUUCUCACAAAAGUCGCUACUUCUUCCCGGCCAAUCACUCUCUUUGAUGUAACUCCGACGUACGA